AUGUUGUCCACUAGAUAUAAGGAGUCCUCUAAAUCCAUUGGUCAAUUUUCUGUGAAUUCACAUAGACCUAAAAUAACCAAAUCAUGGAGUUUACGGGACAGUUUUUUUGGUUUGAGACGUGGUAGAGGGUCGAUUUCGGAUACUCAGGAAUGGCAGUAUAUUGCUCCAAAGCUGUAUCAGUUAGAAGAUCAGUUUCACCAUCCAGCUUCAAAAUGUGAUGUUUGGCGUUCUCUUUGCCCUCAAGAGUUACCUAAUGCAGCUGUUUAUCCUACAAUACCUGUUUACAGUUUGUCUAACAGAGUCUUCGCCUCCUCUACAGGCCCUAAAAAGGGCUUGUUAGCGGUGAAAAAGUGGCAUGGGUCAAAGGACAGCCACAAUGUCUACCAUUCCAACUACUGGAAGACAAUAGAGAAUCGAAAAGCCCAUGGGAUAUCUGUUUCUCUGUACGAGAAAAACAUAAUCACUGGAAAACCAAAUGGUGGUCCAAUUGCUGAUGCAUUCGUUGUACGAGCUCGACAUGAUUCUGCCUAUUUAGCUGUAGCUGAUGGGGUAAAUUGGGGCAACGAAUCAAUGAAAGCUGCUAGAUCGGCAAUUUCAGCUAUUUACACCUAUUUAGAAUCUCAUCUAUUUGGUUAUAUGAAAGAGAAACACAACGUUAAAGACACAAGAGAUGCGGCCCAAUUAUUAUUUGAAGCGUUUUCUUUUGCCCAAGAGGAAAUUGUUUCCGUUACCACUGGUCUUACUACUCUCUGUGUUGCACUCAUUUUACCAGUACUAACAACUACAACCUAUGAAUCACAUAGAAUAACAGAUGAACAAGCUUCAGCAUACGGCAAAUCUCAAUUUUCUGUUAUAAUAGCAAGCGUUGGUGAUUGUCAAGCAUUUCUUUUAAGCAAAUUCCAUGGUAUACGUGAAAUAACCGGUUGGGUAAGAACAUCUGUCUUGUCAUCUGAUAAUUUAUCAACACAAUCAAAUGAACAAAAUAAAUUGGAGAAAAUACUUGGACCACCUACACGGGAUUUUCGAGAUACUGGUGGUGCAUUGGGUGCUGUGUAUAAAAAUGGCAAUCCAGAAUUAAACAAUCUUAUAUGUGCUGUAACACUUUGUGAUCCAGGUGAUAUAGUUCUACUUGGAUCAGAUGGACUAAUCGAUAAUUUCGAUCCAGUUAUUACACAACUAGCUGUUCCUGAAUCACCGCAUUUAGAUUUUGUUGAUGAAGAAGGUGAACACGAAGGACAAGAAGGUGAUGAGGAGGAAAGCUCAUCCAUUGAUGAUAUAGGUAUUCACGAAGUAAACAAUAACGACAACAAAAAUUCUGUCAAAAGUACUUCAUCUUUAUCUUCAGAUUCCUUAAGGUGUAAUUUUAAUAAAUCCCCAACUUCAUCACUAUGUCGUUCAUCAAAAUCAUUGCUACAUAAUUCUCCUUUAACACCACCACCUCGAGUAAGUAUUUGGCCACAACCCCCACCCCCACCAAGUGAUCCAACAAAAUUAACUUAUAUACCCGUUACAAAUAUCAAUACUGCUAACAGUAAUAAUAAUAAUAUCAAUAAUAGUAAUAAUAAUACUAAUGAUAACAAUGAAACUGAGACAAUAUAUGCACAUCAAAUUAACUUCACCAAUCAACUUGAAUUAAACUGGUAUGAACGUAGAAAAUAUGCAGCGAAAGAAUUAGAACGUGUGUGGCAUGAAUUAGAUAUUAGUACAGAGAAUGCUAGUAGUAAAAAUGGUACUUUUAGUUCCAAAGAUUUAUGUGAAGCACUAAUUAAUCAUGCAUACAGAAUUACGACGAAACGACGUGAAUGGUUAGAGAAUCCGGAUUAUGCACAUCUUAGACAAAAUCAAACUGUAGUACAAAACACUAAUAAUAAUAAUAAUAAACACUUUGAUAAUACUUUUUCAACUGAUUCACAAAGAAAAUGGUUUAAUGAUAUGCUUAGACGUAUGCCUGGUAAAUUAGAUCAUGCAACUGUAGUUGCCUAUGAAGUUGGAGUUUAUCAUGGUAAUGAAAAUGAAGUAUAUGAAGAGACAGCUCAUCGAUAUCUGGCCUCAAAUAAUUCGAACUCUCCAACUAAUCAUUCAAUUAUAACACAUUCAGAGCCAUAA